UGAAAUUGUUGUUUUUUAAAAAAAAAAAUAUUGUACAGAAUAAUUUCCCUUUCUUUUCACAUGUUCAUUUUUAGAUGAAGCGAAACCCAAACCAAAGAUUUUUGUGCCAAAUAUUACAAUGCCUAAAUUGCCAGAAGGAGAAAAAGUUGAUUUCGAUGAUAUUCAUAGGAAGCGCAUGGAGAAGGACUUGAUGGAACUACAGUCUCUUAUUGAGGCACACUUUAUACAAAGAAGAAAAGAGGAAGAAGAGUUAAUAGCUCUAAAGGAAAGAAUAGAAAAACGAAGGGCUGAAAGAGCUGAACAACAAAGAGACCGUGCUGAAAGGGAAAAAGAAAGACAAAACAGAGUGGCAGUGGAAAAAGCAAGAAAGGAAGAAGAAGAGCAUAGAAAGAGACAAGAAGAGGAUGCUAAAAAGAAAAAGGUCCUUUCAAACAGGUCUUACCAAUAUGGAGGCUACCUGCAGAAGGGCUACGUAAAAAAAGGUGCUAAGAAGCAAACAGAAAAAGAGAAGAAGAAAAAGAUUUUGGCAGAAAGACGAAAGCCACUUAACAUUGAUAAUCUAAGUGAUGACAAGCUGAAGGAGAAGGCGAAUGAGCUACAUCAGUGGUUGUUACAGCUGGAAGGGGAAAAAUUUGACCUUAAUGAAAAACUGAAGAGGCAAAAAUAUGAUAUUAAUGUUCUUCGCAUCAGAGUCUCUGAUCAUCAGAAACACAGUGCCAAAGGUGCUCGAGCUGGCAAAGGCAAAGUAGGAGGAAGAUGGAAGUAAAAGGCUGACAAGUGCUUUAGCACAAAAAGUGAUGCCUGUUCCAUUAGUUUAAAAUAUCCUCUGAAUAUAAAUUACAUUUAAAAAAUAAAAUGCAUUUUAAUUCUGUAGAAGAAGAAAAAACUCUAAUUAUUUGCAUGAAUUUGUAUUCAAGGUUUCUGUGCAUUAUUAUAACCUAGUUUUAGAAAUGGAUUUAAAGUUCAGUUUUUUGAAAUGUCUUGUUCUUUAUAGAAAAGUGUAAACAUAUACUCUUUAAAAUGACAAUAAACAGUAUUUUGCACUGA